GAGCGUUUUGAUGGCAUAGCAUAGCCGGUCGGUCGGUCGGCGUGUCCGCAUCGUUUUUGGAUGUGAGGGCUCGUCGUGUUUUUCGCUUCGCCAUGGAGACGUUCGCCACGCUCGUGCUCGUGCUCGUGGGUUUUUGCAUGCGGAACGGCCAACUCGUGUCGGGGGGUAGUUGUCGCGAAGCGAAACUGUGCUGUCCUGGACGGGACUCCUCUUGUGUGGUGCAGAAAGCCCCCUUGAAUGCCAUCAUCGAAGAUCUCUCCGACAAGCCCUGCUAUUGCGAUCACGCCUGCUUGAAGCUGGGGGACUGCUGUCCGGACUUCAAAGAGGCUUGCGGGGUGGUGGACUGCCAAGUAACGUCAUGGGGCCCGUGGUCCCCUUGCGACGCCGACUGCGGUCCCGGUUCCAUGUCUCGCACUCGAUCGAUCAAAAUGCAGCCCCAGAACGGCGGUCGUCACUGUCCCAGUCUCGAGCAGAGAAGAGGCUGUCAAGUAUCGACGUGUCAUCACCAUCCCGAUCCUGCCAUCAAAGAAAUCGCAAUGCUUCUACCUGGCUCGCUCUCGCACAGUCGGACGGCGAACGCCACCAGCGAUAUAAGGAAGAACUUACGAUUGAGAGACCCGGAAGCGUAUCCUCAAUACGAUCCUGAAAAAACAUACUGCGUGGAGUUCCAGAUCGUCAAAGCGUCAAAAGCUUGCCGCAAAGAGCCGAAUUACAACGCGUUGAAAGAAGGUGAGAGGGUUUGUGUCCGGUGCGAGUCGGAGGCGCUGCACCAGAACCUGGGUUGGCGCUGCCAAGGCCAUGGCGUGGAGGGCCGGACUACGCGUUUUUCGGCCCUUUCGGCGCCCCAUUGCCACGGCAAAUGGCUGCGGGCGCAGGCUGAGCCAGACCGGUCCUGCACGGCGAAAAAUUGCGAAGCCGAACAUGCCUUCAUUUUCGUUUGAGAACGGUGGUCAUCUCAUUUCAGUCAUUUUUCCCUCAUGACUGUGUAGAAGUAAUCAAACUUUGGAAAUACAACAAGCAACAAUUUUAUUAGAAACAUGUGUGUCGAUGGCUGACCAAUAAUUAUGUAUUUAAAGGAUUUAUAAUGUAUUGUCGAGGUUUUUCUUACUAAACGUGUAUUCUUUGUAGGGAUAUGGUAGGUUAUUCUGUUUGUUAUUCGUAGUACUAAAUAUUUUUACUAACCGAUUGUACAUAACGAUGCAAUGAAGACCCAUUUUGUAGGAUUUUAAGACCUAUAUUUUGUCAGACAUAUCAAAGAAUUGGAUAUCAUGUCAUUGUUGAAAACAAUAAAGUCAUUAUGAAACAUU